AGAAACAAAAUGUUGCAAAAUAACACAACUACCGAUUAUGAUUAUGAAUCCCCUGGACCAUAUAUGACUAUUCAGUUUGCCAGUGAAUAUGACAUGAGAGAAGCCCUUAAAUACAUGUACAUGGGAAUGUACAGCAUAAUUAUACUGCUGGGGCUCCCACUCAACACCCUUGUUAUCUACACGAUCUUCUGCAAAAUGAAAAGGACAGGAAGAGUCAUCUGGUUCCUUGGCCUGGCUGUAACUGAUCUCACUGUCUGUCUCUUCCUGCCAUUUCAAAUCGUCUCUGCCCUUGAUGACUUCAACUGGAGGUUUGGACGGGGCCUGUGCAAGUUCUGCUCUUUUGUGAUGUUUGUGAACAUGCACUCUACCGCUUUGAUGCUAUCAUUCAUGAGCACGGACCGCUGCCUCUCUGCAUUGGUCUCUCGCGCUUGCUGCAAGAGCUUUGUGUCCAAAAGUAUGGUCUUGCUCUCUUGGACCAUUGGCACCCUUUUGAGCAUUCCGUCCUUUUUAUUCAGGAGUGUUAAAGAUACAGACAACGGACAGAGCUGCAUUGAUGACUACAAAACUACAGCGGAGGGAGCAUUAGCAUGACCUGGAUGGAGGCAGCACCU